GCGGCGGAGGCGGACAUGAGGCGGUGGUGAGAGCCGAGCCCGGCGGAGAGCUGAGGAGGAGGACGGAGGGAGCGCACACACUCGGAGCGGCUCCACACACCGUGCAGCGCCGCGCGGCUCAGGAAGAGGCUCCGCGCCGCUGAACGCCGAAGGCUGCUCCGGCUGAAUGAAGGGCUCCGUCCAUGCGGACGCUAGCGCUCGUUCUGCUGCCCUGUGCCGUUGCCGUCCUGGUGCACUUGUGGUGGGCACAGCGACCCUCCUCCAGCCCGCCGGACAACACCACACACUCGGAUGAAGCAUUACCUUACUAUGAAGUUCUGGUGGGAGUGCUGUCAGCAAGACAUCAUUAUGAACUGCGACAAGCGAUAAGGGAGACCUGGCAGGGCUACAUCCAACAUCACCCCCACUUCCGGCACAGAGUGGGGGUGAAAUUCAUCGUGGGUAAACAUGGGUGUCCGAUUCCGGAGGAGGACAGGGAGGAUCCGUACUCCUGCUCCAUCCUGAACUUCACAGAGCCAGUGACGGGGCAGGACGCAGAGGUCGAGAUCGUGACGGUGUCUGACCCCUCGGCACUCGCCCCAUCCGACGCAUCGGCCAUCGCCCUGGAUUUCAAGGUCCUGCACCCGGUGGUGAUCACCAGGCUGGGGGUGUUUCCCAGCGGGACCCGGCCUGAGCUUCAGAGCAACAUCACGGUGAAGCUUCUCCAGCUGGACCAGGAGGAGGCUGUGGUUACUGCUCGGUUCAGUGCCAUCAGCACCGGGACCAUGGUGAACGGAGUGUGGUACAAACCGGUCGAGCAGUUCAUCUUGCCUAAGGGUUUUGAGGGGACGCUGGUGUGGGAGAGUCUGGACUCUUCUGGAUUGACAACAGUCAACUCCUCUGUGCAGCUCAAUGACGGAGGAGGCGUCCUCAAAAUCUCCUCCAUCGCAGAAGGCACACUGCCUCAUCGAAGUGCUCUUGGAUUUCCUGGUUUGGCGGGAGGGUUCACCUUUACAAUUUACGAUGAAGACGGUCUGUCCGGCCUCCUGCGAGGUCGCCCGGCCCGGACCGAGCACCACGCCUCCAGGCUGAGGCAGGAGGACGCUGCCUUGCAGCGAGAGAGCCUGAGGCACGGCGACAUGGUUUUCGUGGACGUAGUUGACACCUACAGGAACGUGCCUUCAAAACUGCUUCAGUUCUAUAAAUGGUCUGUGGGAAAUGCUGACUUUAAUCUGCUGCUGAAGACGGAUGAUGAUUGUUACAUCGACGUUGACUCGGUGUUAAUGAAGAUUGACCACAAGGGUCUCAAGCGCAGCAAUUUCUGGUGGGGCAAUUUCAGGCAGAGCUGGGCAGUGGAUCGUAUUGGGAAGUGGCAGGAGCUGGAGUACGCCAGUCCAGCCUACCCGGCGUUUGCGUGCGGCUCAGGCUACGUGGUCUCUCGUGACCUGGUCCAGUGGCUUGCCAGUAAUGCAGAGAAGCUGAAAGCCUACCAGGGAGAAGAUGUGAGCAUGGGGAUAUGGAUGGCUGCUGUUGGACCACAGAAAUAUCAGAUCAACAGGAAGGUUGUGUUCACUGGUUUGAUUCUGGCAACAUGUGGUUCAGUUACAGCUCAUCAAAGGACUCAGGCUGGCUGUGUGAGAAGGAGUGCUACCUGGACAUGCUGUCGUCCCCCCAGCACACGGCCGAGGAGCUGCACGUGCUCUGGGACAGGAAGCGGGCCUGUGGAGACCCCUGCGGUUGUCCCUGGGGCCACUGAAUCGGGUUCACCACGUGGGUAAUAUGCACUCAGCACAUGGUUGUCACUUCGGUUCCUGUGGUUCCCUUCAAACCCCAAACUGAGAUGUUCCAGAGUUUUAUCAAUAUUUGUUAUAUGAUAGAAAAAAAUGUUUGCGUGUGAUUUUAUGUCGGGUAAAAAAAAGAAGAUCUUAAAUAUGUUGAGAUUCCAUUGCAGGUUCUUCAUUUUCACAAAAUACUCAGCCAACAUAAUGAAUCAUUGGCAGCUUCAGAAAGCAUCAAAAACAUUUAGCUGUAGCGUACUGCCAGUAUUUGUAUGAUGAAAUCAGUUAUUAAAAUUUGUCUUCAGUGGAACAGACAACGUGGAAACAGACAGUGGGUUUAAAGAUGUUGUAGUACUGUGGUAACAGAUAGUGGUGGACAAGAACCAUGUGCAAUACCAGCAUGUUGUGCUGUGAGACUCGAGAACUUUGUAAUAUUAUAUUUACUCCUGCUCUGAUAUUUCACAGACUUGAACCUUAUAGUUUAAAAAAAAGAAAGAUAUUUGAUGGUAUUUUAAAGAUGACUGCUUCACAUUGCUAUGUUUUGUAAAUUAUUGUCUUAGGCUUUUCAUCCCUCCUCAGUCACUAUUUGUAGAUUUAUGACGAGCUUUUGUCAAACACACGCGGUUUGUACUGUAACUGUCAUUGUGCAAAUAGUGAUGUGGCCUUACUGUACCUGUCAGGCGUCAUACCGUGCGUAUGUCGACACACAGUGUUGUGUUUGCAACACAAUGUAUUUUUUCGAACUUGACAAAGCAGCCAGUGAGUGACUGUGAAAUAGACUCACUAGGUUAACACUGGUUUUACCAAACCCUCCUCACAGGUAAUAAAGAAACGCUUAUGAGAGAUUGA